GCUGUCUGCGCCGCUACUCCAUCCGCCGCCAUCCUCCUUUCUCGCGGGUUGAACCGCCCGGGGGAUUCAGAGUUGAGGAGAGUUGACGUCUUUGUACAGUUACAGGGUUCCUACUAGUCGCUGGGUCUCCGGAGAAAAGGGGGUCUGUAGUUGGUGUCCUGGCAAAAAAGGGGCAUAAGGGUCCUACGGGCCAGGCCCAGAACCCGGGUAUGGAGGGGAUAUAAGAGUCACUGUAGUCUUGGAGGCAAAAGCUGAGUGCGUCUGUUGGGAACGGCUUCGCAGAAAUCCAGAGGAGGUUAAGGGGUCACAGCCUCAGAACCCUAAACACCGUUCUUAUUGUGAGAAGGGGAGUGUUGGGACCCAAGGCGUCCUCUUUCGUCUCCCGGCUCUCAGAAGACCUGGGGGGCCCGAGUCCAGGUAGCGUAAAUGUUAAAAGGGGAGGGGGCUCAAAGUACGUCAGAGGUUUUAAACGGUUGGGAGUCAGACUGGAUCAUCUCGGGUUGAGAAUGCAAAGGUGAUUUCUGGUCUUGUGGGAUCAAGAGUGUGGAAUACAACGAACCCUGAGCACUGGGAAGUCUACUUUCUUCGGAGCGUACUCAGAAAUGCCGGGUGAAGCCACAGAAACCGUCCCUGCUACAGAGCAGGAGUUGCCACAGCCCCAAGCUGAGACAGCUGUGCUUCCUAUGCCUUCAGCCUUGAAUGUCACUGCUGCCUUAGGGCAGUCUAGACCUACCCUUACCCCUCCUUCCUCCCUGGCCCCCCAACAGUGCCCUCUAGCAGUUGCUAACCAGCCUUCCCCAUUUCCUUCUCCUUCUAGUAUUGCUUCAGCCCCUUUUGAAGCUCCUUUUCCCCAGCYAUCCUCUGGAACUGCCAUGCCUUUGGAAACUCUCCCUAACACCCCAACUUUCCUACCGCACCUAAUCGGGCCUCCCAUCUCCCCAGCUGCCUUAGCUCUGGCCUCUCCCAUGAUAGGGCCAACUCUGAAAGGUGCCCAUUCCUCUUCAGCUCCCUUGGCCCUUGUUGCAUUGGCUCCCCACUCAGUUCAGAAGAGUUCUACUUUUCCACCUAACCCUGUUGCCUCACCUCCAUCAGUUGCUAUGGCUGAGUCAGGGUCAGUGACAUCUCUACCAGCUCCCAUUACUCCCUCAGAACCAAAACCCUCUCCUAUUCAGGUUCCCUCUCAGGUACUCCCUAAUCCAAAAGCUACUACUCCAAGUUCAGGUCCUCCAGGUAUAAUCAGUGCUGUUCCUUCCCAUGUUGGAAAUCCCUUGGCCUCUGUUCAAUCUGAAGUAACCUCCUGUGCUCUGACACCAUGCAUUACUCCCCCAGCCAUUACUUCUCAGAUUAACAGUAUCCCCAUUUCCUCAACUCUGAUCCCACAAAACCCAUUAAGCUUCAGCCUAAAGGGGCCUGUUAGUUCACCUUCUACCUUAUCUUUUUCAACCCAGUCUACUCCUGCAGUGACCUCUUCUCAAACUGUGGCUCCUAGCAUCCCACCAGUUUUCCCUAGUUCUCUGGGCUCUCAUCUUACAUCUUUACAUCAGGGUUCUUCUAUCCAACCUUUAGGUCAAGCAGCUCCUAGUACACUGUCAAAUCCUGCAGUGAAUACCAUUUCUGUAGAUCAUUCUUCCUUGGGGACCUCUUAUCCAUCUCAGAGAUCUGUGAUUUCUCCCCUUCCUUCGGGAAAUGAGCUGGUUACUGGUACUGUGGCUGCUCUUCCAAUAAGGUCUCCAGGUUCUUCUCUGACUCUGUCUAUUGACAAAGGCCCCUCUACAGUGACUGGCAUAACCUCCUACCCUUCUGGCUCCCCAAUUGUAACUACCACUACUUCAUUAUCUCCUACAUCCUUGCUCCAUCUUACUAAUGCCACUCAUCAGCCUCUGGGGACUCAAAUUCUUGCUUCUCCAGGAACAGACUUUAAGGAAACUUCUGUCUCUUCUGUUGAAACCACCCCACUUCUGAUGACUAACCCCUCUACGAUUUCUGCAGCACCUACUACCUUUGAGGUACCUACUUCUGUGCCUCCUCCAAUUUCAUCAGGUCCCAUAAGUAGUAAAGAACCAACUUCCCUUACUGCCUUGGUUAUGUCACCUGUGGCUCAAAAAGAGCUUCCUACUUCUCAGAUAGUAACUACUGUGAGCAUACCAGUCUGUCCUUUGCCAGCUCCUAUAUCUCCCACCCAGACAGGACUCCCUACCAAGGAAGGCCCCACUUCAUUACCUUUGGCCCUCUCAUCUCCCCAGAAUUCCUCCCAAAGUACAUCAUCUUUGGAGAUAAGUUCUCCUGAAACCACUAUAGCAAAGAAAAGCUGUGUAGAGCCUCUCCCUGUAGCUAAGGCAGCCAGUGCUAUGGCCUCUUCUCUGGAUGUUAACUCCUCAACCUCUGUAGUCAAGACAGAUCCUUAUACAAGCCCAGACCCUGUUAGUCUGCUUCUCAAAAGUUCUAUCACUGCUCCAGCAGUGGCUACGUUUCCUUUGGGAAGUGCUGACCAUAUGGGGGUGGCUUCUACAACUGCCAAAGAUACCUGUACUCUUACUGCUUUACCUUUGGUUCCUCCAGCCUCUGAAAGUUGCCCUGUGGCUCCAGCUAUGACUUUAUCCCCUCAGAAUGUUUCUGUUUCUGCAGUAGCAUUGACGCUGACUCCUGAAAUUCCUGAGUCUGUACCCUUUCCCCCUCUUCCCCCAGCUGGGAUUGCUCUGUCCAGUGCAGAUAUAGUUGAUGGUAUUUCUCAGACCUCAUCAUUGGCACCUUUAGUUUCCUCUCCUGUGUGCCCAAAUGAGGACCCCACUGAUUCUACAUCUUCCAAAGGAAGCAUGACUUCUAUAACUGACUCCGCAUCUCCUUUAGGGACUGGUAUGUCUCCUCAGACUAAAAGACCUCUAAUCAAGAAGGGUUCUCCUAUCCCUGAUGUUCCUGCUGGAAAUCUCUCAUCUUCUGUUUCUCCAGUUGAAGCUUCCUUCCUUCCAGAGGCCAAUAUUUCCAUUCAAGGCCCUAAAGGUUCACUAACCAAGAAGCAUUCUCCCACUCCCAAAGGGGCCCCUACUCCUACAACUGUGCCUCUUCCCUCCCCCAAAAAGGCCCCAGCAGACCCAUCCCCCAAAAGGACUCCUACUCCCCCAGCAGAGACUUCUCCCUCUCCCAAAAAGCCGCAAGCAACGCUGGCCCCGAAAGGAGUUCCCAAUCCCCCAGUUGUCACUCCUUCCUCAGUCCAAAAGACCCCAGCAAGCCCAUCUCCCAAAGGGACCCCCACUGACCCAACUGUGGCUCCUACCUCCUCCAAAAAGGCCCCAGCAGCUACAAACCCCAAGGGAACCCCCAACCCCCUAGCUGAGAUUCCUCCUUCCCCAAAAAAGUCUCCAAUAGCUACAGCCCCCAAAGAAGCCACCACAGCAAGCCCAUCCCUCAAAGAAACUUCCAGUACCUCAGCUGAGAUUCCUACCUCCCCCCAAAAGGAUCCAGUAACCAUAGCCCCCAGUGGGGUCCCCACUGCCCCAGCUAAGACUCCUCCCUCCCCAAAAAAGGUAGCAGCAACUGUCCCAGCUGUUACUCCUUCCCCAAAAAGUACACCAGCUCCAUCUUCCAAAGGGUCCCCUGCCCUGCCAGAUGAUGCUCCUCCUUCUCCCAUUGAGGCUCCCACUGCCCCAGCUGUGGCUCCUCACCACAAAAAAAAAAAGACCCCAUCCCCCAAAGGAGUCUCCACUCCCCCACCUGUAACUCCUCUCUCCCCAAAAACACCAACAAUUUCAUCCCCCAAAGGGACCCCAGAAGAGACUCUUUCCUCCACCCAAAAGACCCCAACAAUUCCAUCCCCUAAAGAGGCAACAGUAACCCCAUCCCCCAAAAAGGUCCCCACUCCCCCAGCUGUGACUCUUCCCUCUCCCAAAAAGGCCUCAGCAAAUACAGCCCCUAAAGAGGCCACAGUAACCCCGUCCCCCAAAGGGGUCCCCACUUCCCCAGCUGUGACUCCUCCCUCUCCCAAAAAGGCCCCCACAAGUACAACCCCUAAAGAGGUCACAGUAACCCCAUCCCCCAAAGGGGUCCCCACUCCUCCAGCUGGGACUCCUCCCUCUCCAAAAAAGGCACCAGCAAAUACAGCUCCCACUGAGGUCCCCAGUCCCACAGCUGUGACUUCCACCUCUCCCAAAAAGGCACCAGCAGUUCCAUCCCCCAAAGGGGCCCCCACUUCCCCAGCUGUGAUUCCUACCUCUCCCAAAAAAGCCCUAACAAGUACAGCCCCAAAAGAGGUUCCCAGCCCUCCAACUGUGACUCCCCUCUCCCCRCAAAAAGCAUCAGCAGCUCCAUCCCCCAAAGGGAUCUGCGCUCCCCUGGCUGUGAUGCCUCCCUCUCCCAAAAAGGCUCCAGCAAAUUCAUCCUCCAAAGGGACCCCAGAUGAGAUUCCUCCUUCUCCCAAAGAGACCACAGUAACUCUGUCCCCCAAAGGGGCCCCCACUCCCCCAGCUGUGACUCCUCCCUCUCCCAAAAAGACCCCAGCAACUGCAGCCCCCAAAGAGGUCCCUACUCCCCCAACUGUGACUCCACCCUCCCCCAAAAAAUCAACAACUCCAUCCCCCAAAGGGGCCCCAGCUGAGACUCCUCCCUCUCCCAAAAUCGGCCCAGCAAAUACAGUCCCCAAAGAGGUCCCCACUUCCUCAGCUGUGACUCCCCCAACAAAAAUGGCACCAAGUCCCUCCAAAAAGUUACCAACAACCUCAUCCCCCAAAGGGUCCCCAGCUGAGACUCUUCCCUCCCCAAAAAAGGCCCCAACAAGUAUAGCCCCCAAAGAGGCUACAGUAACCCCAUCCACCAAAGGGGUUCUGGCUCCCACAGUUGUGACUUCUUCCCCCAAAGAGGUUUCAGCAAUCCCAUUACUCAAAGGGCUCCCCACCACCCCAGCUAUGACUCCUUCUCCGAAAAAGUCACCAAUUCCAUCCCCAAAAGGAGCCCCCACUCCUCUAGCUGACACUCCUCCCUCUCCCAAAAAGGCCCCAGCAACUGCAGCACCCAAAGAGGCCCCUACAACCCCAUUCUCCAAGGGGGCCCCCUCUCCCAAAAAAGCCACAGCAACUGCAGCACCCAAAGAGGCCUUUAUUACUCCUGUUGUGAAUCCCUCUCCCAGAAAACCCCCAGCAAGUACAGCCCCCAAAGAUGCCCAAACAACCUCAUCCCUUAAAGGGAUCCCCACUCCUCCAGUGGACACUCCUCCCUCUUCCAAAAAGGCCCCAGCAACUGCAGUCCCCAAAGAGGCCACAGCAAUCUCCUCUCCCAAAAAGGGCCCAGCAACCACAGCCCCCAAAGGAACUCCCACUCCUCCAGACACUAUUCCCCCUCCUAAAAAGGCCCCAGCCCCCAAAGGGGCCUCUAUUCCCACACCUGUCACUUCUCCCUCUCCCAAAGAGGCCCUAGCUACCCCAUCCUCCAAAGGCAGUCCCACUCUGCAAGCUGUGAAUGUUUUCCCUAAAGAGUCCCCCAUUCUCCCAGGCAUUGUUCCUCCCUCCCCCAAAGGCUCCCCUGCUUCCCCAGUGUCAGUAAUAUGUACCAUGGGGGCCCUUACUCCUGAGGCAUCUGAAGGUGUCCCAGCAAAGAAAGGCCCCAAGGCUCUCAAAGAAAAUGAACAAGUCACCACAGUUCCCACUCAGAAAGGCCCAGGAAUUAAGAAGAAUUCUGCAGCUUUGCCUAAGUGCUCAGAUCCCUCAACUAAGAAUGAUACUAAAGGAUCCCUUUCUACAGUGACACCAGCUCCUCUACUGACAAUCCCUGUUUCUCCUGCAAAAAGCAAAGAUCCUUUUCAUUCCCCUGAGUCUAAGAUAUCUACCCCUCUAGCAGGAGUUGCCUCUGAGAAGGUCCUUCCUAUAGCUGGAUCAACGUCUGUGUCUCCAGCAACCACCCCACCAGUCUCCCUGCCUCUUGCUCCUUCCCCAGUUCCCCCUCUGCUUCCUAAACAACAGUUUCUGCCGACCUCACCUGGGCUGGUGCUGGAAUCACCCUCUAAGCCCCCAGCCCCUGAUGAUGAGGAUGAGCUGCCGCCUCUGAUUCCCCCGGAACCAAUAUCUGGGGGAGUGCCUUUCCAGUCCGUCCUUGUCGACAUGCCCACCCCCAAACCUGCUGGGAUCCCUGCCCCAACCCCCUCUGCCAAGCAACCUGUUCUGAAGAACAACAAGGGUUCUGGAACAGAAUCUGACAGUGAUGAAUCUGUACCAGAGCUUGAAGAACAAGAUUCCACACAAGCAACCACCCAACAAGCACAGCUGGCAGCUGCAGCUGAAAUCGAUGAAGAACCAGUCAGUAAAGCAAAACAGAGUCGGAGUGAAAAGAAGGCACGGAAGGCUAUGUCCAAGCUAGGUCUUCGACAGGUUACGGGGGUUACUAGAGUCACUAUCCGAAAAUCUAAGAAUAUCCUCUUUGUCAUCACAAAACCAGAUGUCUAUAAGAGUCCAGCUUCAGAUACCUACAUAGUUUUUGGGGAAGCCAAGAUUGAAGAUUUAUCUCAGCAAGCACAGUUAGCAGCUGCUGAGAAAUUCAAAGUUCAGGGUGAAGCUGUCUCAAACAUUCAAGAAAACACACAGACUCCAACUGUACAAGAAGAGAGUGAAGAGGAAGAGGUUGAUGAAACAGGUGUGGAAGUUAAGGAUAUAGAAUUGGUCAUGUCACAAGCAAAUGUGUCAAGAGCAAAGGCGGUCCGAGCCCUAAAGAACAACAGUAAUGAUAUUGUAAAUGCUAUAAUGGAAUUAACAAUGUAACCAUCUGAAAGCCAGGACCUUUUUCUGGUGUUUCAAAAGGAUAACUGCAGCUUGGUUUGAAAUUUGUACUGUUUCUAUCAUUAAUAAAGUUAUGGCUUCUUGUUGGAUGAAUCAA